AUGGCAAGACAUUACUUCGACGAAGAAGAUCUCGACAUUCACAUAACGCGCGAAACCCGCGAAACCCGCGAACGAGACCACGCCCCCACAAUCCCCUACCGUCGACCUCAAUAUACCUCCGUGCCUACCUACCGUCACGGAACCACCGCGUACCUCGCCCCCGAAAUCUCUUCUGGAAUCCGACGAUCGCAUUCUACUGGUCAUCGCGAACGUUCUCCUGUUCCUCCACCGCUACCCGCUGCUCCUAUUGCUCAGCCGAUCAUUGUGGAUAAUCGUCGUAUUUAUAAUGAUUAUGAUAGCGAUAGCGAUGAUUCUUCCUCGGUGUAUGAGAGUCGUCGGGCAAGAGGGAGAUUGAGUGUGGGAGAGGGAGGGAGGAAGAAACAUCGGAGUCGUAGUCAUAGUCGCCAUGUGAGUAUUUCGCAUAGUCCUGCUAGUAGCGGGAGACGGAGUUUUGCGCGGGAGGAGUUUGAGUUGGAGAGGACGAGGGGGGAGUUGGAGCGCAUUCGGAUGGAGAAGGAGAGGGAGAGGGGGGAGAGAUUGGUGAGGGAUGGGGGGGAAUUGGCGAGAUAUAGGGCUGAGGGGGAGAGAGAGAAGAGCGAGAGGUUGUUGAGGGAGGAUAUUGAGUUGAGGAUGACGAAGGGGGAGUUGGAGCGGUAUAGGGCGGAGGGGGAGAGGGAGAGAAGUGAGAGGAUGUUGAGGGAGGAUAUUGAGUUGAGGAUGACAAAGGGGGAAUUGGAGCGGUAUAAAUCAGAUCGGGAGAGGGAGAGGGAGAGAGAAAAGAACGAAAGAUUAUUGAGAGAGGAUGUAGAGUUGAGGACAACCAAGGGGGAAUUGGAACGCUACAAAUCCGAGAAAGAGAUGGAGAAAAAAGAAAGAAUGUUACGAGAAGAAUUCGAACUUCUCUCCCUCAAGGAAGAAAAAAAGCGAAUGGAAAAAGAAAAACGAACUCUAGAAGAAAGAGAACGAGCCGACAAGGAAAUCCGCGAUACAUACGAACGCAUGAAACGCAUGGAACAAGAACGCCACGCGCGCGAAAAAAAAGAACACGAAGAAGCCAUCGAAAAAUACAAGCGCGAAGAAGCGGAAAAGGGUGCUCGAGAACGCAAAGAACGUGAUGAAAUCAUCGAGAAAUUCAAAAAACAAGAAGCGGAUCGUCUAGCGAGAGAACGACUCGAGAGAGAAGAGAGAGAAAAGGAAUAUCAGCGACGUUUGCAUGAAGAUCUUCAUAAGGCCGGUUUAAACGAACAACAAAUCGGGGCGGUCAAAUCUGGAAAAGCACUCCCGCCACCGGCGAGUGCGGCACCGCCUCGUCAGGUUCCGAAUCCGAUUCCUGUGCUUCAUGCUCCUCCUCCGAUGACUCAUGCGUCUCCUACGUUUCAGAUACAACCUGCGGCUCCUAGACCGACGUAUACGAGGAUGUCGAGGAAACAUUUGUCGAUUGAAACGUUGCGUGUUUAUGGAAUUCAAUAUGAAUUUGAUCAAGAGGAACCCGACUACCUCCUAAUCAAACGCUGGGUCCCCGAAGAAGAACAAGACAUCCUCUGGACACACACGCGACAAAUUCGGGAAUCCCGUUUCCCAUCCCCAUCCCCACAUCCCCACCAACAUCCCCAUCCCCAUCAUCAACAACAUCAAAAUCAACAACACACAAUCGAAUACGUAAAAGAAUACAUAGUAGAAGAUCGACAUAAAAAAAAACAUCAUCAUAAGGGUGAUGAUUUGCAGUUGGUGAUUGAGAGGAAACAUAAACAUGGUCAUAGUCAUAGUCAUGGGGGUGGAAGGGGGUGGGAGGGGGUGGGAAGGGGUGGGAAAGGGAGGGAGGAAGAAGCGGGGGAGGGGGAGGGGAAUGAGGAGGGGGAUAAGGAUGCUGAUGCUGAUGGUGACGAAGGAAUGAUUGCGAUAAUACGACAUGAUGAAUAUUUGGAUUUGGAUUUGGAGUAA